AUGGCAUCCCUCAGCCGCUCGGUCGUGCGCUCCGCCCUCCAGUCGACCCGUGUCGCCACCCGCUGCGUCCCCUCGGGAUCGCGCGCUCCUAUCGGCAUUGCUCACCGUCAUGAGCUCCGUGCUUUUGGUUCGGCCACUGCUUCUCGCCAUGCCGAAGCUCGUCCUGGUCCUCCUCUCUCGCAGACCAACCGUGCUGAGGUCACUCUGCGUCGUUUCUGGAAGAAGGUCAACAUGAAGGAGGAGGAUGGAGGCUACCUCGUCCAGCUCGACCACCGCAACCUCAAGACUCCUGGAGGCACCAAGCUCAUUAUCCCCAAGGACCGCCGUCUCCUCGCUCUCCUGAUUGCCAAUGAGUGGGAGAACCAGGACGAGGUUCUCAAGCAGCACGCUCUUCCUACGACUUCGCUCGCGUCGCGCGCAAUUGACGGCAUGGGAGACGCGAAGAUCCGCGAAGGCGUCAUCGAGGCUCUCAUGGCAUACCUUGACACUGAUACCAUCUGUGAUGCACCAGAGGCUCUCGUCCGUCUGCAGGGCGAGCACUGGGACCCUCUCUUCUCGUGGAUGAAGGACCGCUACGGUGUGGACCUCAUUGCUGCCAAGGGCAUUGCCCCUGCUAUCCAGUCCCCCGAGACCUUCGCCAAGCUCCGCAUUGAGCUCGAGAAGAUGGACAUCUGGGAGCUCGCUGCCUUUGAACGUGCGGUUUACGCCACCAAGAGCUUCGUCAUUGCUCUUGCGCUUGUCAAGGGCCGCUUGACAGCGCAUGAUGCCGCUCUGGCCUCGCACGUCGAGGUUGCUUCACAGAUUGAGCUCUGGGGUGAGGUUGAGGACACCCACGACGUCGACUACCAGGACAUUCGCCGUGCCCUCGGCAGUGUCGCCUGCCUCCUUGUCAAGGCUUAG